UAGCAUAUAAGCCAAAAAGCCAAGACCGUAAUGAGCGCACACCACUAACUUCGCACGGCGUCCUUCCACUCUCCCAACUUUAACAACUCCGUUCGCGAUUCUCAAGAACCCUCACGAUAACUAAUCUGAAAACCUAUUUGCAUUGCUCCGUCUCCGAUUAUUCCCCAGACAAAUUGACGGAAAGUUUCACUCCAUUUUCCCGAGAAAAAGGAAAGAAAAGUAAUUAACUGCCGAACUUCGACUGUGUGUGUAAUGGAGAGAUCUAGAUCGAAGAGGAACUAUCACUAUGACCAAGACUAUGACGGAGAUUCCAUCGGAAGGUCUAAACCUCGCUACAGCCACAACUUUGGCGGCGGAAAUAACAGAUACCGCGGCGGAGGAAACGGACGGCCGUCGAAGUCUCACUCGGACACGAUGGCUACGACCACUUACCGUGUCCUCUGCCACGACGCCAAAGCGGGAGGCGUUAUCGGCAAAUCCGGAUCCAUCAUCAAGUCCAUUCGACAGCACACCGGCGCGUGGAUCAACGUCCACGAGCUAGUUCCCGGAGACGUCGAGCGUAUCAUCGAGAUUUCCGAUAACCGUCGGCGUGACCCCGACGGGAGAAUGCCGGCGUUCUCUCCUGCUCAGGAGGCUUUGUUCAGUGUCCACGACCGGAUUUUGGAGAGCGAAGCUCAGUACGGGUACGGCGUAGCUCCGUCGCCGGAGGAUGAGGAGGAUUACGGUGGAGUGAGACCUGGAGGAGGGAAAGUGGUGACGAGGCUUGUGGUUUCCAAGGUUAAUGUUGGUUGCUUGCUUGGUAGAGGUGGCAAGAUUAUCGAGCAGAUGAGGAUUGAAACCAAGACUCAUAUUAGGAUUCUUCCUCGAGAGACUAACUUACCUCGUUGUGUCUCUCAGUCUGAUGAGAUUGUCCAGAUUGUAGGUGAACCUGCUGCAGUGAGAAACGCUUUAGGUAUUGUAGCGUCGCGUCUAAGAGAGAGUCAGCAUCGUGAUCGCGCUCAUUUCCAGGGGCGUGUACAUUCACCAGAACGGCUACCAGCUGAUGACUACAUCCCACAGCAGAGAAGACAAUCAUCAGAUAGGUUUAACCAUGGCAAUUACAGGAAUAACAGUUUCAGCUCACGCCAAUCUAACUACGCAGAUGAAGCUCCAGCAGCUUCAGGUGGUGAGAAUGUGCAGCAGCCUUUCUACACUGAAGAGCUCGUGUUCAAGAUUCUCUGCCCUGUUGAUAAGAUUGUUAAGGUUGUUGGAGAAUCACAAGGAAUAGUAGAUUUGCUUCAGAACGAUGUGGGCGUGGACAUGAGUGUAUCUGACCCUGUUGCUGGAUCUGAUGAACAGAUAAUUACCAUUUCUUCAGAAGAGGCACCUGAUGAUCCGCUUUUCCCUGCUCAAGAAGCUUUGUUGCACAUUCAAACUCAGAUCGUAGACCUGAUUCCGGAUAAAGAUAACCUUAUAACAACGAAAUUGCUCGUCUCAUCUAGAGACUCAGGAUGUUUGGAAGGGAAAGCAGGAUCAGUAUCUGAGAUAUCACGAUUAACUGGAGCAAGCGUACAGAUUCUAGCUAGGGACGAAAUGCCCCAAUGUGUUUCCAUCAAUGAUGUUGUUGUACAGAUUGCUGGCGAGAUCAAAGCAGCUCGGGAUGCACUUGUUGAAUUAACCUUACGAUUGAGGAGUCAUAUGUGCAAGGAGCUCUCUCAGAAGGAGACACCACCGGGUUCCACUUCCACAACUGGCCCUCUUGAAGGUGUUGCAGGAGUAAUGGAGGUAGCUUCAUCGAAUAACACAACUCAAUCCCGUGAAGGACUCGCAAUCGCGCCGCAAUAUAAGGAAGGUGGUGGAUCAGUUGCAAAGGCGGGUGAAAGUGAACACCGGGAUGAGGUUCCUGUCACGGCAAGCAGAAUGUCGGUGGCACUUGUUACUAGGAGCACUCUUGAAAUUGUCUUACCAGACGAGGUUAUUCCUAAGCUUGUUACGAAAUCAAGAAACAAGCUUGCACAAGUCAGUGAGUGGUCUGGAGCUACUGUAACAUUAGUUGAAGACCGACCGGAAGAAACACAGAAUGUCAUUCGUAUUUCGGGUACGCCAGAGCAGGCAGAGAGAGCACAGAGCUUGCUUCAAGGCUUCGUCUUGAGCAUACAAGACGAUGGACCGUGAACUUUUAGACAUGUGCAUUGGGUUAACGGAGGGAAGGAUUCAAUCAAGAAACUGCGAAAUGGAGUUUGUAUGAAUUGUUGAGUAUUAGGAUUUAAGUAACAGGUAGAGGUUUAGAGGAACAUUUUGAAGUUGACGCUUUGGUUUUUAUGUUGUCUAUUAGUCGUUUCCUUGCCCUUUCUAUAACCUAUAAAAGUCAUAUAGUUUAAUCCCUCCAAAGUACUCUUAAAAUCUC